AUGAAUUAUUCUGUUGAUCCGCGUAGAAAAGAAAAAAUCAAUCGCUACAAGGCACCGAAGAACCAGGGACAAGGCGGUGGUGCCAAUGAGGACAUGAUGCCGGACUAUAUGAAUAUUUUGGGAAUGAUUUUCUCGAUGUGCGGUCUGAUGAUGAAGCUUAAAUGGUGCGCCUGGUUUGCACUCUACUGUUCUUGCAUUAGUUUCUCCAGCUCACGCGCCAGCGACGAUGCCAAACAGGUGUUAUCUUCCUUCAUGUUAAGUGUAAGUGCCGUGGUCAUGUCAUAUCUACAGAAUCCAGCUGCAAUGACGCCGCCUUGGGCCUCGUAAUAAAAUGUGUAUCACCAUUUGGUUGCUGCUAGUUAAAUGAAUGAAACUUUAUUAUCCAAAAACUCAAAACAAUGGCUUGGAUGUGUAGAGAGUAAAGUUUUAAAUAAAUUAUCUGCGAAAGUUGGUAAAUUGUAAA